CCGGCGUGGUCGCAGGUUCGAGGCGGGCCUGGGGCAGCGCUGCCGCCGGCCGCCCUUCGCUCCGGGGCCCGCCGCCCGCGGACGCUGAUACCCCUGGCUGGAGUCUCCCGGGGCCCUCGGCGAGUCCCUCGGGUUACCCUUCGGCCCACGUGGCUCUGGGCCACUCCACACCAGAACCUGGGCGGGACCGCGCAGGGGGUCCCAGCGACGGUGUCUGCCCCAGACCUCGCACUACGGCCUCCUCAGCGAGCCUCUGCCGCCCUAAAAGUGCCGGCGGUGGUGCGUGCGCAGGACACAGAAGAAAAUUACCAUGUCUUCUUCCAGACUGGGGCUCCGUUUGGCUGUCUGUUUAUUAAACAUUUCAGAAGCCAGAAGAAAAUACAUUGUUGAGAACAUAGCGAAAGCAGCUCUUCUUGAAAAAAAUGGACAGAAACAUGCUGAGGUAUCAGUGCUCAACAUAUUUUCUGAUCAAGAGUACAACAGAUCAGUCAUUACAAUAGCAGCUUCUGUUGCUGAGUUAGGCAAUUCCAUUCUGGCUGCCUGCCUGGAGGCCUUUCAGUCAAUUGAUAUGGAGGUUCAGGAGGGGAUCCAUCCUUGCCUGGGAGCAGUGGACCUGAUUCCCAUUUACCCUCUCUCUGGUGUUGGAGUAGAAGAGUGUGGAGCUGUGGCCAGAAGCCUUGCUGAGAAUCUGGUCCAGUGUGUUCCUGGCUGCAGUGUGUUUCUCUUUGGUGAGGCCGACCUGCCUGAGAAGCGCACUCUUGUCCAGAGAAGGAAACAACUGGGCUGGUUCACAAGGAGGGAUUUCGGUGCUCUUAAACCUGACCUGGGAGUUGCACCUGCCCGAAGAUGUGGUUUAACAGAAUUUACAUUCCAGGGACUUCCCUGUUGGCGCAGUGGUUAAGAAUCUGCCUGCCAAUGCAGGGGACACAGGUUCAAGCCCUGGUCCGGGAAGAUCCCACAUGCCGCGGAGCAACUAAGCCCGUGCGCCACAACUAUUGAGCCUGCGCUCUAGAGCCCGUGAGCCACAACUACUGAGCCCACGUACCACAACUACUGAAGCCCGCGCGCCUAGAGCCCAUGGUCUGCAACAAGAGGAGCCACCGCAAUGAGAAGCCCGCACACCGCAACGAAGAGUAGCCCCUGCUCGCCGCAACUAGAGGAAACCUGCGAGCAGCAACGAAGACUCAAUGCAGCCAAAAAAAGAAGGGUUUACAUUCCAGUGGGGAAGGGGUGAAGAGAGAGACAGUAAAUAACGAGCUUAAUAAAUAAAGAAUUAUAUAGUAUGUUAGAAAAUAAGUGCUACAGCCAAAAAAAAACAAAAAACUGAACAGGACAGUGGGAAUCAUGUGUUUGGGAUGGGAGUGCACUACAAUUUUUAAAUGGGAUAAACCAAAGUAGGCCUCAUAGUGAAGGCAGUGUUGGAGUAAAGACUGGGAGAGAGGCAGUUAGCCACGUGGAGAUGUGGACAGGAGUCUCAGGCAGAGAGAACAGCCAGUGUCAAGCCCAGAGGAUAUAAAGUAGUAUAAACAGUAUGUCUCAAUAUUGUAAAAUAUAUGUAUGCAUCUAUUUAUUUUAUUUAUGUUAUAUGUUUGUAAGAAAAGUGUUUUUAAAUUCUUAAAGCUUUCAACUUAUUUUCAUUAUUUCUCUAAAUUGAUUUGAUCUUGUGAUUACUUUCCGUCAUCUUUCAUAAAGGGUAAUUAUUGAGGUUUAUCAAUGAUCAGUUUUAUAAAAGCUGGGUUUCAGUGCAUUUAUUCAGAUUGCUGAUGAAAUAUUUAAGAUAAGAAGGGAAAAGUAGCACCACUUUCCCCUCCGUAUGUCUUUUUUGCUAAUAUCUCCUGAUAAGUGGCAGAAUCCUCAGUUUGUGCAAAAAACAUGAAAAUUAUAAGUUGCCAAGGCUAGGUAGACUGUUGUUAUUCAUCGAGAGACACCUCAUUUAAUAGGCUCAAAGCAGAUUCUAAUAGAAAAGUAAAAUGUUUCAGAGAGGAACAGUGAAUAAAGGAUAUGGAUAAACAGUUUCUAAUAUUUCAUGAACAAGAUUCUAAUUCGAGUUUAAGACACAUAAUCAACCGAAAUCUUAGGUUACCUUACUUGCACGAAUUAUCUCUUAAGAGACACUUA